UGAUUGAGUGAGUGGUGUAGAUUUCAUAUCAAUGGCAGAGUAGGGUUAGUCUGUGAAGGUUCCUGGAGGUGUGGUUUUAAUCCAUGUUAUAAUAAUGCCCAGGGCUAAUACUAUAAAUAACCCAAACCAGAGUCUAGGUUGGUGUUGCUGUGUUGGUGCAACAAACAAGAGAAGCAAUUAGAGUUUAGAGAGCUUCUCCUAUUUCUUCUUUCCAUUCACUCGUCACUACUCAUAAUUAUUAAUUUAUUGAGGAAUUUGUUCCUGCAUUUAGCUUUUUACUGCUAAGGAGCAGCAGUUGAGAUGAGUGGCAUAACUGGAGUAUGUUCCCGAUUAAUGGGAGAGUUCCUGCAUGCGCUGGGAGGCGGAGACACACGACCAACUUCAGCAGCUCACGUUGAUCCCACUGACCCCAUGGCUCACAACUCACAAGCACCAGGUCAUGAGUUGAUGCUCCGGGCUCUCACUGCUGUGUUCGGCAUGGACCAAAGCAACGGCAGAAUAAACAAGAAGAAAGCCCGUCAAGUGGUGGAGAAGCUUGGCCUGGUUGAUCACACCGGGGAGGAUGAGCAACUCGAUGCUAGCUUUGACCUGGCCGCUGGUGCUGGUGGUGAUGGGUUGGAAGAGGAAGUAUCGGUGGAGGAGGUGCUACUGAUGGAAGAAGAAGAAGAUGGGUCCAAGAGGAAUAAGCUGCUACGGCAAGCCUUUAAAAUAUUUGACGAGGAUGGCAACGGAUUUAUUGACGCAGUAGAGCUGAAGAGGGUGCUGCAAUGCUUGGGGUUGGACAAUGGGUGGGAUAUGACUCAGAUUGAGAAGAUGCUCAAAGUUGUCGACUUGAACCUGGAUGGAAAGGUCGAUUUUACUGAGUUUGAAUUGAUGAUGAAGGAGGCUGCUGCUGGCCUUAAUUAAUUAAAUCACUUCUUAAUUACUUCCAUCAUAUAUUUUCUCUAGUUAUUUUAACCAUAAUCUCGAAAUUUUCUAAUUACACUUUAAAAUUUGAUUGCUUAAUAACUAUUUGCAUGCACAACUAUUAAUUAUAAUGUAAUAGUGUAAUUUAGUUCCAAAAGAAAUACGUGAAGCAUGAAAGCAAUUUGACUAAAGGCAAUUUCAGCAGUCAGCAAAGCUGGAUCUAAAUAUCACUAGUACAUUAACUGGAUCUAAAUCUAAUCGACAAAGCAAAGCAGGGACACAGUUGAUACAUAUAAAAAUAAAUUAAUCCUUAGGGCCAGCUCAUAGCAUCACCACCAAUUCCAAUAUUAU